AUGUCUGGUAUCUUGGGGGAGGCUGGGACGCCUUGUCCAUCUAGAUCGAGCAAUAGACACGACACUUUUGACAGGUUAUGGCAAGAUGGGCUGGAUGCUUCCGACAAUACCGCUAACCUCGACUUCACAACCGAAAUCAAAGCACCUGUUCUUACAAAAGCGAAACCUAAACGGAGAACCGGGGCAGUCUCUUCUUUCCAAAUCCAUGAGGAUAACGGCGAGAGACCGGCGUUAUCGAUGAACAGGCCAAGAACAACGUUGGGAGCCUCUAAUCGCAAAUCCUCCUUGCUUACCCAGCCCGCGCAGAGGUUUCGACCGAAAGUCAGCUUCGCCAUGACUCCAUCGUCUACGAACCCGCGACACCUGGGGCAGUCUGAUUCUCAAAACAAGAGCGCAGAGACGGACGCGAUGAAGAACAAGAAGUUGCUCAUGCAGAUCAACGGGAAGGAGCGAGGCAUUGAGCAAAACGCUGCCUUGAAAAAGGAUGUCCGCCGUGAAACCGUCUACAUACCCACAGAGGAUACGACAGUCGCGAGUGUGUUCAUGGGUCUAUUUAGCCCGCUAAAAUCGCAGACGACGAAUACCAUCAACUGCCAAAUUCCCAAAGACCCCGAGAUCGACAGUUUAGAGGCGCGCAUCGCGAGAAAACGACAUGAGAAGAAAACGAUCGCAGGCUUCGCACGGAAAACACCGUUGCAGCCAAGCACCAAGAUUGCCCAAGAAGGGGCUAUUCGAGUUGAUAUUGCCGGGAAGAAUGGUGGAAAAGAGAACACCCCACCUGGAUCCGUUCUCGUUGACGGCAAGGACAAGAGCUCUAAGUGUGGUAUGCCUGUAUUUGAGCCGCCAAAGUCCAAGCCAGCUGGCAACGUCUCAAAAUCUGGAGGGAGCCGAACAGAUGGCCUACGCACAGCGACUCGGCCCAGGCCUCAAAUGAGGGCGGCACUGGGUGACAAGAGCAACAUGAGCCCAGCACCAGUCAACAAGAGUCAGAAAAAGAACCUUGUCAAACAAAAACUGGCGGGCCAGGAGCGCACCCGGUCUAGUGCGUUGAAGUCAACCACGUCGAACCCUCUCAAUCGUUCCAAGAACACGAUGCCUCCCAAACUUGCUGUAUCAAGUAUCAAAGCGAAGAAACUAAACGAGCAGUUCCCGCUACUUACAGAAAACAUCUCUAACCCAGCAUUGUACGAAGAUAACUGGCUCGCGCAUCAAGAGGAAGUAAUAACCCAAUCGCUUAACGAAGUGUUCGAACAAACGGAUGGCCACACAAGUUCCGAUGACCCUGCUACUCUCCGACACGAACUUCUCGAUCGCUACCAAGAUGACACCUUCACACUGCUCUACAAACGGAUGCAGAUGUCGUUAAUGAACGGUGCCAUGAGCAUUCCAAAGAACGUUCUCGCACGAGAGUCGCGGUUGAGACAGGACCUCGGUUUGAAGCGGAGAUUUCUGGAUAUUUGGACGAAGACCUAUGAUUUGCGGGCUUUGCAGGCUGCGCUGGAGACUGUUAUUGGUCGGAGAAUUGCCAGCGAUGACGAUGACGGACGUGCAUACACGACGACAAGCAAAGAAAAGAUCUUGAAGAGGCGAAUAGAAACCUUUCUGGAAGCCUUCCUGCUGCGCAAUGAGGACAUGGUGCAGCGAGCGGAGACGCCGGGUAAAGAAGCGGACGCGGCAUAUCGCCGCACGGCCCUUCGCAGCAUCAUGAUCGUUGUCCUGCUGGACAAGACUAGGGUGCGCUCCGGCACGACCCUUCCUCGCCGUCUGUUUGUAACGUCAUCGCUAUUGAAGUCUUCCGCCGCUGUGCUUCAGGCCCUGGCGCGUUUGUUGUUACCGACAUCAGGCGACGUUAUUAAAUCGCUCGGGCACCUAGACUGCCAAGUGUCGUACGAGCAGCAGCAAAUCGAAGAAUAUGAUUACCACAUCAAAAACCUCGCUGUGGACGUGAGAGACGGCGUGAGGUUAACCCGAAUUGCCGAGCUGUUACUCAACUGUUAUGGCGACCUUGAUGGAGAACCAACCACCACUGUGACGCUGCCAGACGGAGGGGCUUUUUCGCAUUUGAAUGAGGAGCAAAGGUCACUUUUGCCACACCUGAAGCUUCCGUGUACGAGCCGAGCAGUUAAGCUGUACAAUGUGCAGGUUGCGCUCAGCGCAUUGGCAUCCAACAACGGGACCAAUGUGCUAAUACAUGAUGUAGCUGCAGAGGACAUCGUCGACGGUCAUCGGGAGAAGACCAUUGCGCUUCUGUGGAGGCUGGUCAGCAAAUGGGGACUUCCUGGAUUGGUGGACUGGGAAGAUGUUCGACAAGAGAUUGGGCGACUCAAGCGGAAAGCCAUGUCACAAUUCGGGUACGAACAGGCUAUGGAUACUGAAUUGGACGAACCAAGUGAUGAAUAUGAGCUGUUGCUGAAGCAAUGGGUGUCUCUCUUGGCGCAGCUCAAAGGCAUUCACAUGGAUAACUUCAGUACAAGCUUUGCGGAUGGCCGGAUCUACGAGAGCAUUCUCGACGAGUAUCAGGGUUAUAUACUCGGCCAAGACGUUGAGUGCAGCGAAGGUGAUACAAUGGCCUCUCGUCUUCAGGCUCUGGGGUGCAGCUCACAGUUCGCGACUCUGGUAACACCAACCUCCACCGCAACAUCGCAUAUUGUCAACAGUGACUUCAUCCUCGGUGCAGUCGCAUUCCUGUGCUCUCGACUUCUGUCCGCUUCCAAACGAGCCCGGGCGGCGACUGUUAUACAGUAA